GUGCAGAGGAGUUUAGUUCCAGCGGAGAAGAUUUAUCCGCUGACAGAACGUCUCAUCGGUUGGAAAGUGAUAGGCAAGACGAUAGAACUAUUUAUUCGUAUACCUAUAGUUCUGAAGACAGUGAAGAGGUAGAAAUAGAAGAAAGGGAGGAAAAGGCGCGCAGUGUUUAAGUCUGUGAUAGUAUUUAUUCAAACGAUUCAGCUACGACGCGUAUCAUCUACCAUAGUGGUAGCAUCGUUUGUCGCUUCUGUAAAUCUCGAGAGCUACAGAAACAGAGAAAUAGUCUUUAUAUAUUUAUUUAUAUCUGUGAUACCGACACUGAUAUACAUCGAAUUAUCCCGAGAACAGAAACAUCGAGAACGAGCUAGAUAGAGAGCGAAAGCAAAAACGGGAGUACGUCGGUAAAGGGAGAAGAGAAAGGAUCGAAGAAAGCAACGUACAGUGGUUUGGGAAAUUGAAAUAGUGGGAAAGAAGAUUAUAUCAGUAACUUAGUGGAUUUACAUGUUUUUGUAUAUACGACUGACUCUUUUUUAUAAUUAUUGAUAUCGGAUUAAGAGAUAGGAGGAGAAGAAAGAGUUUCGUUGCUGUUCGCUAAACGAAACGGAAAGGAGACUCGAAGAAGACGAUAAAGGAGCGGAAUAAAAUUUUGCUUCGAACGACAAAUACAUUUUCCUCUUUUACCCUUUUAUUUGGGUUAUUAAACCAUCGAAGCUAAGUGGAAUUGUUUCGUGCAAAAAUGGUGGAGAAAAUCUUGGAAGAACGAGGAGACGGGAGUCAAGAAGUUACAAGAGAAGAAGCAAGUUGUAGAGAGACUGUGAAUACUACGGGAGAAGCAAUGAGCGCCGUGCAAGCUCGACAAGAGGAAGCUAGGCGCAAAAGACGCAAGAAGAAACGCUCUGGAUCGUCUUUGAUGUCAGCUUGUUUUCAAGAACUGUACAAAUUGACUGGCGAGGUUCUUGGAGAAGGAGCUUACGCUUCAGUUCAAACUUGUAGGUCGCUUUAUACCGAUCUGGAUUAUGCUGUUAAAAUUAUCGACAAGAUUCCCGGUCACGCACGAGCACGUGUGUUCAAAGAAGUGGAAACGUUUCAUCAUUGCCAGGGCCAUCCAAAUAUCAUUCAAUUGAUCGAGUUUUUCGAAGACGAAGAAAAGUUUUAUCUGGUAUUCGAGAAAAUAAACGGUGGUCAACUGUUGAGCCGGAUACAAGAAAGAGUUCAUUUCAGCGAACGGGAAGCCAGUGAAAUAAUUCAAGAACUCGCAAGCGCGUUAAAUUUCCUUCACAAGAAAGGUAUCGCCCACAGGGAUCUGAAACCCGAAAACAUUUUGUGCGUGUGUCCGGAUAAGCUCAUACCGAUUAAAUUAUGCGACUUCGAUCUUGGUUCGGGUAUCAAGUUCAACAAUACAUUGUCGAGUCCUAUAGCUACACCGCAACUCUUAACUCCAGUCGGCAGCGCCGACUUCAUGGCUCCAGAAGUUGUGGGAGCUUUCACCGGGGAAGCGAAUUAUUACGAUAAGCGUUGCGAUCUCUGGAGUCUUGGCGUGAUUAUGUAUAUACUCCUUUGCGGUUAUCCACCCUUUUAUGGGAAUUGCGGAUCCGAUUGUGGUUGGGAGAGAGGAGAAAAUUGCGAGGAUUGCCAAAAACUUCUAUUUACCAGUAUUCAAGAAGGCAGGUACGAAUUUCCGGAUAACGAAUGGAGGUGUAUUUCGGAAGAUGCGAAAGAUUUGAUCAGGGGUUUGCUGGUGAAAGAAGCCCAUCAAAGGCUCAGCGCCGAUAGUAUUCUGAAACAUCCGUGGAUCAAUCCCGGCCCAAGCUCCGUUGAAAAUAAAGAAAAGUCUCUCACAACUCCUAGUAUUAUCAGGAGGAAUAAUUCUGCUAGAGAACUGUCAGCGUUUGCCGAAUCGGCGAUGGCUGCUAAUCGAGUGAUACUUCAACAUUUUUCCGUAAAUUUGGAAAAUUUGGCGGAGAAGAGGGAACCAAGAUUAUCCACUUCGUCAACGGACGAUGAUAACCAUCCUUACGGGCACAUGUCCGACUCGAACAGUGAAUUAUCGGAACACAGUAAGGUUUGCGCGACUCAUUCCUCGAACGAAUUUGACGUAAACUCGCGCUUGAAAUCUUGUUCGAUUCAUUCGAGUACGGAUCUGACCGAUUCGAAGAGCACGGGAAAGAAUCGAUUGAUGUACAAGGACGCGUCGGUACCUCAGCUGUUUGGUUUGUCACCGCCGAGCGAGAGUCGUCUGAUGCAGCGCCGUUUAAAAGCUCGUUCCGAUCUACUCGAUCGUCAGACCAACAAAACAGUUAUCGAGUCCGUUAGUGGCUGAAUGGUGACAUUCCUACGAACGAAACGAUAGUCUCCUUUCUUGGUAGCGCGUAUAAUUCACGUUUACACGGAUACGAAGAAAGCGUGUACGGUAACGUUAUCUAUCGUUAAUCGACAAAGAGUAACAAUGACAUAAGUGCGACAUUACGAUUGGCUAAGCGAAGGUUGUGUUUCAUUAAAAAUAACAAGAGCUGCGUUACAAUGAUUCGCGCAACGAUCGACGGUUAUUACACGCAUGAGCAUAUCUAUACAGCAACGCAUGGAGCGACGACAUAAAACGACGUGUCUUUGCUCCGAUACACGAUUAACCACGCGCGACGCCAACGAUACACAACACUCGAUCAGACAAUAAUUUUUCCUGAAUUUCUAUAUUUCCUACAGAAUUCAGAGAAAUAUCGUGUCCGAAUAUAUCUUUAACUUUAUGUUUAUCUCCAUUUUUCUUUUGUGCUCCUGUUUCGUUUCGACGAGUCUGUCCAAUAUGCUCCUCGUCUUUGCGCUACGAAUGUUUUAAAUCGAUACAAGCUAUUCGUUCGGUUUAUUCGUUGAAUGUUGUUUCGUACGAUACAUUCGUUAAAUAGUAUGAACGAACAUAAGCAGAGGCAGCACAGAUUCGAUACACGUACAUAUGUACAUAUGAAAAAUUGAACGAUCGCGCGUCUUUUAAUUUUGGUUCAGAUUACAUUCAGUACAGAACUCGAAGGAACGUAAAGAAAUGAACAAAUUUGUAAUAUGUACAUUCCACCGUCGGUAUCUGUUAGAUGAGAACAUGUAGCAUAAUAUAAAAAAUAAGUCGCGUUAGAUAUACAACGUUUCUGUACUUUCGCUAUUAUACGAUAUCUAGAAAAGUACAUAGUAUAUGCUCGUUCAUAUCAAUUUAUCGAAACGGAUAUACAGAGACGCAAAAGAAAAAAUAAAAAAAAUAAAAAGUAAUUUUGAUGAAUAUUUUUAUCGAUCGUAUACGCGUAUAUUUGCUUCGUUUCUUUUAAUUAAAUCAAUUUCUUUUUAGUUCGGCCUUAAAUAUUUUUGCAACUAUAGCUAUUAUUCAACAAAAUAUCUCCGAGUUACGUUUCUCUUUUCUUUUUUUAACGAUAACUUGUUCGAGAAUUAUGAAAAGCAGCAACAGCAACGCAUCUUCGGACGAAAAAGAAAAAAAAAAAAAAAGAACAGCGGUAAGAAGAGUAAACCGCGCAUCUUGGUGCAUGUUACAAAUAGUUUGCUCAGUAGGUUUCUAAGAACGUAGUAGAGUGUAAGUUCGAAAAUACUGUAAAGCAAAUUCCAAGGAAGGAACAACGCGCAUUUGUAUCGAAGGGAAAAAGGGGACGACAACUACGGCCAUUUUUUGUAAUUUUCUCUUAAGCACCUUCAUAGAGAGUUAGUACGUAAGGAAGAUUAAAAGAUUAGUUUAACAAAAAGGAAAAAAAAAGAAAAAAAAAAAUACAGAAAAAAAUUGUACCUGCGUCGUAAGUGAUUAAGAGUAUACGGAGCGAAAGAGAGAGAAGGGAAAGUACAUGGUACAGGAAUAUGAAAGAAAGAGAGGUGAGGAAGAGGGAGAGAGAGUGACGUACGAUAACGUGCGCGUGCGUACGCACGUUAACGGACAAACUUUCUUAAAGAACCUAGAUUACACGAAUAUCACAUCCAAUUAAUUACUGUUACGUAUUUUUGUAGAGUUUUAUCGACGAAACGUCGUUCUAUCGUCUGCCCACCUACUACGCGUCUACUCUGUCGAUUAAGAUCGAUCUCUUUUGUUCCGUCUGAUGAUUUUCGUUGUCAUGAAAUGUAAAUAUCUUGCAUUCCCAUUACCUCGCGGUACACGAUGCAGAGAAGAUCGCGACGCUACAAAUUUCCAAUGUCGUGUAUCGUCAAGUUUGGCAGAACUUUUGUCUCGUCUAAGGAACAUUUUUAUGGAUAAAAUUUUGCGUGUUCUCUCGGAUCGAUAUCGUAAGCAAAUAAUAAUGAAGAACGAAGCGAUGAAAAAUUACGAACAUCUUUCUUCGAACGGUAAACGAACAACUCGUUUCGACUACGAUUUAUUUUACGUAUCGUAGUCGCAUAGAGUCGCGUUGUACGGUGGGGAGACUCUUUACUCAGGGCAGUUACGAUGAGCUGCGCAAUUUGUUACAAAUUACAUACACGUUAUCGUGUUUGAAGAAAAGAACGAGGAAAAAGAGCUUAUGAUGUCUGUAUGCGAUCGAAGUCCAUCCAGGGUUGAAAAUUAAUCGUUACUUGUUCUUUCUUCUUACGAAUUAACCCUGAAAAGCUUUGUCCAAUGACAUUACAAUAUACAUUGCAUAUACACAGACUAAUGGUCGACGAAAAUAUCUCGACAGCAGCAUUGUUAGACUUUCCUCCCGAGGACGAUGGAGGAUCGUAAAACAGAACUCUCCUAUAGCAGAUAUCAUUUUGCCAUAUACAUCAUACAUACAUACACACGUACAUACUUUAUUCGAAUCCCAUGGACAACAGACGCCGCAGAGACUAAUGUGUAUAAGCGAUCGUUAACAAAUGUUUGGUUAUGGUUACACCAUCAAAUUCGUCCAUCCAAAUGUUUCGAGUUCCAAGGAAAAUUGGCAAUUCCCUUGAAAAUGAGAACAUUUGUUAGCGGAAAGUAGCGUUAGCGAUUUCUCGUAGUGAUAUGUAAGAAUACGCAUGCAUCGUUGUUGCAUGUGCUUACGACGUAGAAACGAAAAAAAGCAUUACACGUUAAUUACAUCCGUGACAUUUUAAUCACGAAAGCCAUUAAGAAAUACGAAUAUACCGCGAGUUCUUGGCCUUUUCUUCCUUUUUCUUUUUUUUUUUCCCCUAAAUUUUUUCACAAAUUGGAAAAUACGAUGACGCGUGACCGAAGGAGUAUGCGCGCGAACAAGAGAAUAACGACGACCGAAAGAAUACGUUACCAUUUGCGCGGGAUCGUAUCUUUCAAGUUACAUAUUUCUCAGCAUUAUUGUCAUGUGUUAUCAAUGGACGCCUUUCUUUAGGAUCUACGCAUCUUUCUUUUUCGAUUUUCUAGCGAUGCAUUUUUGUUACUCGUUUCGUUUGUUCGAUUACAAUAACGUAUGGCGUAACCAACCACAGCCUUGGUAAUACAAUAUUUUCAUGAAAACUGAAUGCAUUCUCGACCGAUAUCCAUUUUUCACACGGUAUGUUUUUCUUACAGAGUAUUUCGUUCAAUCAGCGUUCCCUCAAAUUGCCAUCAUCUCGAUAAAAUCUCGAUAAUCAUCUCGAUAAAAUCUCGAUAUCGAUCGAGCGUGCGUCGUAACAAACGUGUAUCAUCGGUAUGUUAGCGAUAUAUAUCGAUAAUAAUUUGUCGAAGGAACAUUGAAAUGCAAGAAGAGAGUACGUAGAGUAAAGGACGAGCAGCGACAAGUCUUGCGUAAGGAAAGCAACCGAAUCGCACUAAGGAUCCAUGGCCAUAAUAAUAUAGAUCUAUAAAUUGUAAUAGCGCGAAUGAAUUUGCGUCCGAGUGCGAAAGUGUACAUGCUGGAGAGCAUGUGUAUUUUGUAUGCGUGUACGAAUGUAUGUAUAUAUUUGUAUGUGCGUUAAUGCGUAUGCGUAUGCGUGUGUGUCAUUGCAAGCUCGAACGAUGAAACAAUAUUUAGCCUAUAAGCGAAGUGGUAAACACCUUUGUAUAGGUUUGUAAAAUUAACAGUUAAGGUAAGAUAUUGCUGCGCUACUCUACCAACGAGUCUUUCUUCGAAAAAAAUCGUGAAAAAAACUCGCGCGUCUCAUAAUUGUUUCGUAUUUGUGUUAGGACGAUGUAUACGCAAACGCAUCUGUAGCGUAGAAUUUCAUUUGCUCGUUCAUCGAACAGAGCGAUAUAUAACGAUUUAAAGCGUAUACUAUUCCAAUAAAGAAAAAACUAAGAUAUCGCAUGCAUAUUCCCCAUUCUCGAAGUUGAACGAUUCCCGCUUAAAAUUUAAACGGCGCGUAACUUUCUAAUAGAUCGUACAAUCAGCACGUUGACGAUCUUCGAUCGAUCGAAAAUUAUAAGAACCGGUGAAAGAGUACUGCGAACAUAUCCCAAUGGUAUGCUAACACAGUAUACGCAUGAGAUGCGCAACGUUACUUGUGAGUUUCUUCCUGGCAAUACACAGCAGAGCCAUCUUGUUUCGCGUUACCGCCCUUGCAUCUUCGAACUACGGUUCCUAAUCUUAAACGAAAGAAAAAAGAAGCGCGUUGUAUGCUGUUGUAUGUCCCGGAAGAAGCAGCAUUUUUGUUACGUUCUUUUUUAUAUUAUACAAAAGAGCAGUAUAAAAAGAGGGGGAGAGGGGGAGAGAGAGGAAAAAAGAAAAAAGGCCCUUAAAAGACGAAUAAAGAAUAUUACGAAUGUUUUUUAAACGAACGUCAGUUCCUUUUCUUUUUCUUUUUUUCCUCGUCUGCUUCUUAUUUUAGCUAUUCGCAAGCCUGAGGGCGCGUGUUGCGAUUCCUUUAUGUUUUAUCAAUAUUCGCGAAGAAGCCCGUCGUUGCUCUCCUUCGUCGAUUUUUGCAUUACCUAUCAGCUAUAUCGAGUCAAAGGUAACAAAUUGACCGUGUGGACGAUGCUCGUCCAUUUUUUCUGUGAAAAAAAAAACCGCGAAAUUUUAGGAUUCUCUUCCGCACGGAAACCGACCAAACAACCGAGAAAGAGAAAACUGAUAACGAUGAUGGUAAGAAUGGAGAGAAUGCAUUUUACCAUACGAAAAUAUUGUAAGUGUGAAGCAUUAUUGCUAACUCUAUACAUAUGUAUGUAUGGUUUUUUCGAUCGUACGAAUAGAAACAGUUUCCGAAAUACACAAUCUCUUACAAAGUAAUUUUGGCUGGAAUUUGAACUCAAGACACGAGAUAAAGAGAGAGAGAGGGUAGUGAAAGAAAGAAUGAGGGAGAGGAAGAGAAACAUUUUCAACGCUUGGAAUUGUCCGAGUUGCGAACGGCAUUGUUUUUUCUGUGUAAAAGCGAGCAAGUCUUAUGAAAACUUUGUAAGCUUCCUAAUAAAAUAGCAUUUAAUCGAUAAA